AUGGACAGCACGUCCACCCCAUCCUCGAUGGCGGCGUCAAUACCGGCUAGAAUGUCGUUUCCUUGGCAAUCUCCAGCAAAGCAAACUUUGUACGCCGCGAGUGCGUGGGGCCAUCCCGGACGCGGUCCCAGCGGUGUUGCCUUGGAUGCUUACGUCGGGAACAAAGGCCCCGACGGCUAUGCUGGCCGUGUGGGUCCCGUGUCCGUAACUGUCCACCGGCAAGGCGGAGGUGUUUCUCCCUUGGAAAGCCCGAGCGCCUAUGACUUUGUUGUUGCACCCAGACUUGUCAGGCAGGUCGCACCUCCCCUUCCAGCUGGCUGGGGCGACAUGCCGGAGCCAUUGAAUGAGGGGUGGCCCGGGGUAAUCCCGCCGUCGAUGACCCCGAGGACGACUCCAUCGCCGAGCCCCGUCUGCGGCCAGGCUCCACUCCACUGGUUCAGCCCCAGAAAUCCUGGGGAACGAGUUGUCAGUGGCUGGGAUGUACUAUCUGGGAGGAUCGAGAUAACGCCUUCUGUCUCCCUGAUGAUUUUAACUUGUUUGGCUGUUAUUCUUGCCGAGAAUCCACUCAUGGCAUGCUUGUACGAGUGGAUGAGCGAGUCUCCUGAUUGUGUCUUGGGUUUCGGCACCGCCUGUCGAGCUUGGAUUCAUCUUCUUCACAUGGAUGAUGUAGUUUUUUGCUUUGUUAUCGUUAAGGGCCGACGACACAAUAGGGAGAAGGAGCGAGAAGAGGGUAAUGGGUAUGAGGGUGUAAAAUACAUUAAGGGGAAGAACCAUGAUAGUGGACUUUGA